CGCCAGCUAUACAGAAAUUGUCUCUGUGCAUAUUGCAUUUGGUAGACAAAAUCGAGCUGCAUCGUAGGACCACCGACCAGUCUCUUCUGCCUCGCCCGUCGUCUAGGGAGUACAAGUGAGCAAAGCUAUCUAAAAAUGAUUGCCUUCGGGAUUUUGUUAGGUUUUUGCGCCUUGUCUCAAUCGUUGCCGAUUGGUAAUCCUUCCGAUUCGGUCUUGAUCGACUACAAAGCGGAUUCGCACUCCCGCUUUGAAGAGGGCACACCAGGAAAGAGUGUCAAAGGUUCAUACAGCUGGAUCAAUGAAGACAAAGUCUAUCAAGUAGAUUACACAGCCGAUGAAAAAGGGUAUCGACCACGUCUAACUGUCAAAUCCGUUUCCGAAGCUGAACAGAAGCCGAUCGCUCAGCAAGAAAGCGUUCAGGUCUCCGAAAAUAAAGAGGAGAAGCCAGUGAAAGAAGCUAUCGCGGAUGCGAUUAUCUACGAAAUUCCAAGUCUCAUUCAACAUGAUACCUUUCAAGUCCCCGCAUUGCCAAACGAAGAGAAGAAGAAGGUGACACCGGAGAAAGAAGUCGGCACGGAUGCCAUUGUCCUUGAAAUUCCAGUUCUUGACGUCGCUCAACAGGAUAGCGUUCAAGUUCCCGCACUUCUAAAUGCACCAAUGACCGAGGCCGGCGAUGCAUUCAUCUUCGAAAUUCCUCUCUUUGAUGUCGCUCAACAGCAGGAUGGCUUUCAGAAUCCUACUUUGGAAAACGAAGAGGAGAAGGUGACACCGGGGUUAGAGGGCGGCUUUGAUGCCAUCAUCCUCGACAUUCCUGACUUUGAUGAACCCACUCCGAUCGUACAAAAAGGAAGCCAAGCUUCACUUACGUCGCAAGAUGACAAGAUCGUUGCCGAAGAAAUUGUUGCUCCUCCAUCGAAGCCCGUCACCCUUCAAGCCGAUUCGCAAAGCGAUUCAAACAAAGUUGCGGAUAAGGUGGCCGUAAAGGUUCCAGAUGCUUCCGUCCAAGAACAAGAUGUCGUUCAAAUUGUACCGCCAAAGGUAACCGAGGAAGUGAAACCAGACCAAUUUGUUGUUGUGGUUGCUCCAGCCCAAUCUGGUCUGGCGGGACAACAAUUCAACAGCCAAAUCCAAUCAUUUUCACAAGGUGAACCGAGCGAGUCGGAACAAGAGAAAGUUGGCGAUAAUGAAGGCGUUGUUAUUCUUCAACUUCCAUCUAAUUCUGAUGUCGACGGACAAGAGGAAGGCUACAGUCAAGAUGAUACAACCAAUCCAGAGAUCGAUACUUCAGACCUUUACAAUAUUGCUCCGUUGUUUAACUUUCAGCCUCAAGGCCCAACCGACGAUGAAAUUUACACUGACGAUGCUAUAAUUAUCGAUGCUGCGGGUGAUCCAUUUGCUUCCGACGGUGCCCAAGCCGAUGAAGACCAAGAUUGGGGCCAGGCUGAAAGCCAAGAUCAAGCCUCUGAAUACCUCAACGCAAUGCUCCAGGAAUACCUGAACCAGUUCUACAGCAAUCCCAAGCAAAAAGUUGACAGCAAGGAGAAUCAUCGAUCGAAAUUCGAAGACGAUCUUAUUAAAUCAUACAAUGACUACAAACAAGAGAAAAUCUCAAGAAAAGAGGAUGACUUUUCAGCUACAUCCGACUACCAAAGAAUGCUGGAGGCCUUAUCGAAUGGCGAGCAGCAAGUCGUCUCUUACGAAGACUACCAAAAUUUCCUUCGUCAUCUUCAAAUUGAAGAAGAGGAUCGACCGCGAUCGAAAGUCAGCGAUGUCAUCACCCAAGACCAGGGAGAAUCCAAUGAGGAAUUGGAAGGAGCAUUUCGCGUCCUAAUGGAUUUACCUGAAAAUGAUGGCGAGCAGCUCAUCACUCACAAGAAAGAGAACUCGAAAUUCGAAUCGGGAGAUCAGUUGUAUGCCAUAGACGAAACAUUCCUGCGAGAAUUGUAUUACCAACUGUGGCUCGACGCUCAACAACAAACCGCCCAGCCGGAACCAAUGUAUUACGCCAUUUAUCCAGAAUCAGCGUAUUACUACCGUUAAUCUUGGUUAGGGAUACACAAGUUCAAACUUUGGGUGGGGAAUAACGUGAUUUAUUUUCAAUUCGGUGAUGUCCUUUUUUGCUUUUAAUUUAUGUUAUAAAUUUUGUUGUUGACUAAAUCUCAAAAGUAUGUAAGCUCAAUGCUCGCCUGGAAGAGCAAUGACCAUACAACUGGUUCUCCAAUACAAAACAGUUAUAAAAACUUGA